AUGGCCUCGAACGGAUACGCAUCCCAUAAUGGGACUCCAAACGGAGCCAACCGAAUUCCUUCUGGAGAUGGUGUUAGAUACACGCAUAGACAAAAAGUCUUGACAGUCGAGGAAGCUCUACCGUUGACACCGUUCACGUCGAUUGUGCCAUUCAAUUCAGACAUCAUACCGAUCCCAUCAGUAGGACUGAAGUCAUCAGUGUCCUUGUACAAAUCAAAAGAAGACCGCAAUGAGGCAUGGAAUACUUUGGCAAGCUUUAAUGUGGAGGCUAUUGAUCCACAGAAAACAUCGAGAAGAAUUCAACAGACAUUAGAUGAUUUGAAGGAGCUUCUGAAGCCUGAUGGAAUGACACAAUUCAAAUUUAAGACCACCCCCAAGAUAUCCUCCCGCCCCGAGUUGGAUGAUCCGCCCAUACCACGUUUGACCGAAUUAGCGCAACGAGUCUACAAUCAAACAUCUAUGAAUUAUACAUGUCCUUCUCCCGAUCAGCGCAACCAAAGGACGGCUAGCGGAUCAAGUGGGAGACAGGCUCAGAGAACUCCAAGCAUGCCGAAGCCGGUUCAGAGUCAGAGCCAACGAUCAGCGUCGAACCAUGAAAGCUUCAAUCAUAAUUCUGCAAUCAGAGCCCAACCCAACGUCAAGCACACAUCCCAGACUGCUACACCUCCUCGGAUAUCUCCCGCUUCCUCCAAGCCUUCAUCGGCUAUACAGAUUGUAAUACCAAGUAUACCACAGAACUUUAAGCGAGAAGAAUAUACACCGUCUAAGUCGUUAGAGAAAUCAAAAGUGAAGCAUCUACCUCAACCACCACGCCCCUCUCCCCACGCACCUAUUUUACCUCCCAUUGUACCUCCGCCACGCACCUUAUCUCAACCUAUAGUCAAACCACCAGCUCAGCAUCUAGCUCGUCCUCCCUCUCAGAUUCCAAAAUCCAAGUCUCCUAUAAUACCAGCAUCCUCAUCUUUUGUGGUACAGAUUCCGGCACAACCUAUUCAGAAACCCUCACCAUCUAUCAAGCCUUCAUCACAGCCUCCUAACUCAGUUCAACCGCAAGCUCAAACGCAUACUCAACCGCCCGUUUCGACUACGCUGCCACCCUCCGGUUCAAACCCUAGUCUCUCAGUGAUAAUACCCGAUCUACCGCCUACGUUCAAUCCUCAAGACUAUGAGGCUGUCCCGGACUCGCCCGGAACCCCACAACAUUCAUCGCGAAAGAGAAGACGAUCUGAAGUUGAUGGAUACGAAGAGGUCUUGACGAUUGAUCAGCGUGAAAAAGCGGACGCAGCAGCUCGAAACCUUCAAUUUUAUCUACAAGAAAUCUUCGAAGCUGAAGAUCGAUUGGCUUUCGAUAACAAUUCAUCAAAUCAUCUUAUAUUUUCUACAAACGAAGGCAUCAGCCUCACCUCUGUCGCCCAAGCCAAGAUUGAAGGUUUGCUUCAGAAGAUCAUCUCAAUGGGUCGCUUUGCCCAGGCGCCGCUAGAUGAGCUGCUUCGGCUCCAAAAGCUCUCUGACCCCGCGCUCAAGGAUGCUGAGUCAGUCGAUGUGAAAGUAGAUGAUUCUAUGGGAGCAUAUGAAGCAACGUCGUGGCUUGAACGCGUUGCACAAGCGGAUACAGGUCUGAAGGCUGCACGGACAUCGCUGCGCUUGAUGUCUGGGGGACGAGAAGAAAAGCAACUAUACUCCGAAGAUGUUAUCCAAUCAGCCCUCAACGUCUUUAAAAAUGUCAUGGAUAAUUGCGUUGUUCCAAUCGUAGAGAUGCGAUCCUCUGCAGCAGCGUUCAAAGUUCUCUCCGCCGAGAAAAAAAUUAUUAUCAACCUUCUUGCUCAAUGUCGACGUGUCUUGUCACUUUUAGCAUCCAUAGUGGGAAGCGUGGAGCUGUCUGAGACUGUUGUCAAUGCUCUGGAAUAUUUAACUUCAAGACUCAUGUUCGUUGAAAAUGCUCCGGUGGAGCGAGAAUCGGUCUUAGGGAUUGCUAAAUUUGACAGUCUCCGGGUGGUAGCCAUGGAUGUAUUGGCUCAGAUCUUCCUUUUCCAUCCAUCGCAGCGCCAAGACAUCUUUGAUGGCAUCCUCACGUCGUUAGAGAAGCUGCCUGUUGCUAAGCAAAGUGCUCGUCAGUUCAGGCUCGCCGAGGGUGGUAGUGUCCAGCAUGUUUCAGCUUUAAUCAUGAGGCUCGUCCAGACGAGUACUAGUUGGCUGGACGACUCUAAAGAAAGGCGGCGCAAUAAAGCUCUCGAAGCACUGAACAUUGAAGACGAUAAUUCAGACGUCAAACCAAAUGGCAUCGCCGCCCCAGGAGAUCACUUCACGAUCAAGUCUGAAUCCAGAGCUGAGCAGCAGCACGUCACCGCAAUCAAUGAACUCAGAGAUUUCACCUUACCACUUAAAAACACAGCUCAGCAGAACGCUAACUAUGCUGUAAUCUUCAUCGUCGAUAGAGCAAUGAAAUCCACAAAAUCCGGUGACGCACCUUACCAACGUCUUUUCGAAUUGUUCCUGGAUGAUUUUAUUGCUUGUCUAGGCUCUCCUGAUUGGCCUGCAGCCGAGUUGCUGUUGCGAUUGUUAAUGUACAAGAUGGUAGCAUUAGCACAAGGUGACAAAACACCAGCACCAGCUAAGAACAUGGCUCUCGAGGUGCUUGGAAAAAUGGGUGCCGGUAUUUCAGAGUUAACAUCACAAGUUCGUAAGGAUGCUUUGUCGAUUGAGUCUACCGACAGUAUAGCCGUUGACUUGGUUAAAUUCGCUGAAGAUUCGCUGAAGAAGUCUGUUGCGUCUUCUGAGUUAGUUUCAUGGUCUCAUGGGCCUUAUCGGGUAUCCCUUGAAUUUCUCAAUGAUCGCCUUUCAACCGAUCCGCAACUUCAGAGUGCUAUCGGCUUCUUUAUUACUGCAUGGGCUGAGAAGACGACCAAGACAUAUGAAGACAUUAAGGAUGAUGAAGACGAUACUCCACAUAUCAAGAAGGCCUAUGGUAGGCUCGCUUAUCGACUGAGGAUGAUGAUCGCGGACAAACAAUGGCUAUCUACAGAAUACAGUUUCGAUUCCAUUAAUCCGGCGCUUGCGCGUCUCGCUUAUUCGAUCACUCUGCUAAACUCGGAUUUCUACGACGGGUUUCCUAGGAUUUUGACAAUCCUCCUUGCCGCCAUGGCUAGCGACGGAGCGACUGUGCGAAGCAAAAGCCUGAAGAGCAUUAUGCAGGUCCUCGAUACUGACCCCACGAUCUUUGAUAGAUAUCCGGCAGUUAAGGAGCGAAUAAUAGGAUGCUCAAGAGAUUCUUCCUCUCUGGUACGAGAUUCGGCGCUCACAUUGAUUGGGAAAUGCAUUAGUUCUCGACCAGCAGCUGAAGGAGAGCUCAUCCCCAGCGUUCUAGCACGUGUUGAUGAUCCAGUUCCGAAUAUUCGCAAGAGAGCUAUGAAAUUGUCCAAGGAAAUCUACCUGAGAAACUCCGAUCAAGAGCUGAGGAGUGCCAUUGCAGAUUCGCUUCUUCAUCGUGUAGCAGAUGCCGACGAGAAUGUCCAAGAAUUAGCCCGCCAAACAAUCGAAGAAGUGUGGAUGUCUCCGUUCUAUCAAGCUAUCAGUAAAAACGAUCUGUCAACUCAAUUCAAGCUCUCUAUGGCCGAUCAGGUCGCUUUGAUGGUGAAAACUGUCCAACGACGUGGUACCAUAGGGACUGUGUUAGACAAAGUUCUGCAUACUAUGCUCGCAAAGGACUUAAAGGGGACGACCCUGAAAUUUCUUGUUUGCAAGUCUAUGGUCGCGACUAUGUUUGAAACAAUUAUCGACAACACGGCGGAGGAGGGAAGCGAAGCGCCAUCGGCACGCGAUGCUUUGCAGGUUCUUAUGAUUUUCGCCAAGGCUAACGCUAAGUUGUUUACACCUGAGCAAGUGCAGUUAUUGCAACCAUUCGCAGCCAAUGUUGGAACUUCGGACGAUUUGGCUGUUUUUCGAGCGGUGGUGGUCAUAUUUCGUCAUGUACUUCCGCACCUUUCAAAGGUUCACAAUAGCUUCCUCGCUGCGGUUCGUAAGGAUUUGAUUGUCACCAUCACCCGGGUAAACCAAGCGAUCUUGGAUGAUGUUAUCGCCUGUUUAUGGAUUAUCAGUAGUGUUCUCGAAGAUAUCUCUAAUCUUACCAUGAUUGUUCUGUCAACCUUACAGAAUAUUGAUAAGAUUAGGAAACUUGACUUGAAUGAUGCCAAACAAACCGAUGCGGUACGGAAGCUGAGCCGACUUCUUGUUAUUUGCGGGAUAUGUGGCAAGCAUUGUGAUUUCGACACAAAAGCCGACCUGUUCCGCUCAAAGUUUCCUGCAUGGAAAGGUGAUUCUGUUUCGAAAUUGAUGGCGGACACUUUUGCACCACUCACCAAUCCAUCUCAGCCGCAUGAGGUACGAAAAGGCGCUCUUGAAGCUAUUGGUAUGGUAUGCCAGUCCUGGCCAAAAAACUUCUCCUCUGCAAAUAUCUACACUGCUUUCCAGGAAGUUUUCCGGGAGAAAGAGACAGCCCUAGAAGGUGUUAUCUUGCGCGCCUUCAAAGACUUUUUGUUUCUUGAGGAGAAAAGAUCAGAGGCUGGAAACGAAGGCCUGCCUGGAGCAGCUGCUGACCCAAAUGCUGUUCUUGCCAUCAUGGGCGGCGGCCAAGGUGAUGGCAUUGCCAUCGGCAUUGCUCAAAGGUUCUUGGCUGACAUUAUUCGAAUCUCGCUUGCAACGCAUGAUGACCAAGCACUUCUUGCAACAGAAGUUAUCGGCAGCAUCGCACGUCAAGGUUUGGUCCAUCCUAAAGAAUGUGGCCCAACUCUCAUCGCGCUUGAAACCUCACCAAAUUCGAAGAUCGCUGAUAUUGCAGUCAAGGAACACGGUGCACUUCAUGAGAAGCACGAAACAAUUCUGGAAAAAGAAUACAUGCGCGCUGUUCAACUAGCUUACAGUUACCAACGUGACGUGGUACAGGAUACGCAUGGAGCCAUUGUAAACCCAGGAAGUCCAUUCAAAUCGAAGCUAUAUUUGAUGAUCGACGUCUUAAAAAUUAGCAAAAUCAAGAAUCGGAAAAAGUUCUUCGAGACCUUAUGUUCGCGCAUUGACUUCGAUCCCGCAAAGAUCAAGUAUAGCGAAGUCCCUAAUCACCUUCAAUUCUCUCAAUUCAUUAUUGAGAACAUGGCGUUCUUUGAUUAUGUCUCGACGGACGAGCUCCUGGGGGCAAUUAACGGAAUGGAGAAAGUUGUAGCAGCUACAGGUACUGGAAUUGCACAUGCGAUUGAAACGGAGAUUUUUCAGAUUGGUCUAGAUCAACCUUCACAGGUCGAUGAGAAUGGUCAAUCACAUGCGAUUCAAAAACCCAUCGAUCAGAAUCGCCUCGUCUUGCUGACAGCUGCUUCGAUGAUGCUAUCUAGUCUAUGGUCUGCUCGUACGUAUCUGAGACGCUUAUAUGGCUUGAAUACGAAACGCCCGGAGAACAAAGGAAAGGCGGCUUCGAAGGACGUGAAUAAAACUCCAUCUAAGGUUGCUUUUGUCACUGGUGAUAAGUUCUGGGAGGAGAAUAUUGCUACAAUGGCAGCCUUGGAUUCAGAAGAGUCAAUGAUGAAGCAGUGUCGGACUUUCGUGGAGCUUUUGAAUUUCGAUCAAGAUUUCAAGGUCGCUGCUGAAGGUGAUGACGAAGCCGAACGAACGCGCCUUUCAACGCCUAGUGACGACGAAGGAGACUCGACUCCCGGUCCUGGUGGCAGUGGGGGAGGCCGAAAGAGAAAGGCUGCUAGCACACCAGGGGGCCGUAAAAAGCGAGCUCGGUCAUCCUCGGUGCCCAAAGGACGCAGCCGUCCAAAGGGUACUGGGAAAAGGGCCAGUGUUGAGAAGAGUGAUAAUGAGGACGGGUGGUGA